AUGUGUAUUGCCUCAUACGGCGCUGAUUUAAAUGUCCCUGCUGAUUAUUCUAAAAUGUCAGCUCUUCAUUUGGCUGUUUCUCAACGUAAUUUGGAAAUUACUCGUUUACUUUUAAGUCUUGGCGCUGAUCCAAAUCCUGUCAAUAGUCAUGGAGAUACUCCUCGUCAUAUGGCUGCUAAAUUGAAUGAAUUUGAACUUCUCAAAAGUCUAAUAAUAUGCGGUGCAAAACGCUGUCCAGCAACAAAAAUUGGUUGUGUUUCUGGUUGUGUAGAUAAUAAAGCAUUAAGAGCAAUCAAAAAGCCUUCUUCUUCAAUGCCAAUAAUAGUACCAGAUGCAAAGAAAAGUCCAACAUCUUUAGUGGAAGAAUUAGAAAAUCGGACAUUUAGUAAAGAAAUGUUGAGAUAUAAUAAAAUAUUAGAUGCUGAACAUAAUUCAAUUUAUAAUGAAAUGAUUGGGGUUUUGAAUGAAAAAAAUGAAGAUGAAAAUUCGAGUAUAAUAAAUAUACUUUCUUUGGAUGGUGGCGGAAUUCGUGGUUUGGUUAUUACUCAGAUAAUGUUAGAAGUUGAACGUGUUAUGGGUGAAUCUAUUUUUGAAUAUUUUGAUUGGGUGGCAGGAACUUCAACAGGUUCAUUAGUUGCUGCUGGUCUUGCAAGUGGGCAGACUCUUCGAGAACUUCAAAGGGUUUAUAUUCGUUUCAAAGAUCUGGUUUUUGAUAAUCGUCGACCACACAAUACAACUGUUUUGGAGACUUUUAUUCAAGAAGAAUUGGGAAAAGAUAAAUUGUUGAUUGAUUUGGAAUGGCCAAGACUUUUAUUCACUACAACAAAAGCAGAUUAUUUCCCUGUUCAAUUAGAAUUAAUGAGGAAUUAUACUCUCCCAACAACUGAUGAUGAGAAUUCGGAACUUGGAUUUAAAAAUUCUGAAAAAUUGUACUUAUGGAAGGCAUUGAGACGUUCUUCAGCAGCCCCUACAUUCUUUUCUGCUGUUGAUAAUAAAUAUAUUGAUGGAGGUAUAAUCUCAAAUAAUCCAUCACUUGAAUUGUUACAAGAAGUACAAUUUUGGAAUAGUUUUAAUAAAUUAAAGAAUAUUCCAAAAUCUGUUCGUAUUGGUUGUCUUUUAAGUAUUGGAACUGGUUCUAUUCCUUCGACAAAAUUGGAGCCAGCACAUUUAGAGUUAGCACAAAAUUAUAUUACGCAACCAAUAACUUCCUAUAAUGCUGUGAUUACUAUUGGGCAAAUUUUGAUUGAUCAAGUAUCAGCAACAGAAGGAGCCCCUGUACACAGAGCUGGAGCUUGGUGUAUAUCUUCAAGAACACCCUAUUUUAGACUUAGCGCUCCUCUUCAUAAAGAAGUUCAAAUGGAUGCAAAGGGUGAUGAAGAAAUUGCUAAAAUGAUGUGGGAUUGUAUUGAAUAUAUGUAUAUCCAUCAGGAUUAUGUAGAGAAGGUUUGCACAUUAUUACGUAAAGUAGGCAAAUCAUCUAAACGUCGGGAAUUUUUUGCUUCGUGUAAUAAUUAUACAACGAAUCCCCCCACACCGGUUAAAUAA